ACUUGAUUUAAUAAUUCACACUGCUUUUAAGAACAAAACGUGCGUUAAACAAUUAUUUUCUUGCAUUGUUUUGUACAAUUUGUAUAUUUUUAAUUGUAAAAAUUGUAUUGAAGUAGCUAAAGUGCGCGGUAGCUCAUUUCGCAUCUACAUGUUAGGUUAUGUGUACCCCAACAAGCCCCAAAUAACAUAAUUUUGAACUAGUUGUAACCAUGUCUGAUUCAGAAGAGGAAAACUACUGCUUUUUUGGGAAGCCUCUCGCGCCCUACGAUGAAGACUCCUUCCCCAAGAAAAAGCCGAUUUCGGUGGAAGACCAGAUCGCUACCGACGCUCAAGGGCGUCGCCGCUUCCAUGGGGCUUUCACCGGCGGCUUCUCCGCCGGUUUUUACAACACAGUGGGGUCCCUCGAAGGCUGGACCCCCAGCGAGUUCAAGAGCACACGAAAAGACAAGGCGACAGCUCAGCCCCAAAAACCGGAAGAUUUCAUGGACGCCGAGGAUCUGGGCCAGUUUGGGAUAGCCCCCCAGACUGUGCGCGCCACUAGUGAUUAUUCCACUAGUAAAAAGAGGAAAAGACAGGUUUUUAGCGAGGGGCCCAUCCCUGGCGAGCCUGUGCUUCACUCGUUGUUGACCAGUGGUAACGAAACAAUUGGUUAUCUCUUACUGAAGAAUAUUGGGCUAAAAGGGAAGAAUAAUGAGAGUGAAGAAAGGGUUUAUGGGUGCGAAAUGCCCAAAACUUAUGAAAUAUCAAGAGAUGAUGAAUUUUGRCAAUAUGUAAUCCCGGAUAUUUACAAGGAAUUUUUAUCAAAACCSAAAGACAAUAGUUUUGGGUUGGGGUACAUUGGGUUYGAUAAAAGUCACGUGAACUUAUUUAAAAGUUCCAAUUUGGUGAUAAGGGAACAUAAGAAGAAAAUCUCGAUAACGGGUCAAGCCUUCGGCGUGGGGGCUUUCGAAGAUGAAGAUGAAGAUAUUUACGUGAAAGAGGACAUGUCUCGUUACGAUUUCGAAUUAACAGGGGAAAAAACAACAAAAAAUAAAACCCCCAAAGAAAAAACCGUUUUCGAUGAUUUUGUCCCCAGUAAAGACACUUUACCUCAGCGAGAAAUUUUCACACCCCCRACAAUCCCUCACAGUUUCACUGGAAAACACAAAGUGAAAAGGUCGCGGUUUGAGCCUCUCCCAGCCCCUGAAACUCCUGAAAGAAUGAAUCCUGAAAUUAGGGCCCGACAAUUAGGGGAGGAAGAAGAAAAAUCCCCAAAUGAGGGAAAGAAAACUGAGGAAAAUCCCCGAAAAUUGUUGGGGCUUGACUUUGAUCGAUUCGUUUCAGCAUCGAAGCCUGAAGAUGCGUCGAAUAUUCUCGAAACGGUGGAAAAGUCGGAUUGCGUGCAUGGAACGCAAGAAAUGAGAGAUGCAGCAAAAAUGAAAAUGUUUGGGCCUUUGACGAGAAUCACCAGCGAUUGGCAGCCCUGUAGUCUUUUGUGUAAGAGAUUUAACGUCCCUGAGCCCCACUUUGAUGAAUUGAAUGCGUCAAAAAGUAGAAAACGGACAAAAAAUCUCAUUUUUGAAUACGAGAAAUUUGCUGAUGUUUCUCUAGAUCUAAAGCCAGGAUUGUCGUUGAAAGAGCCUGAAACUGAAACUGUCACAGAGGAGAAAAUUGUAAUAAUUGAGGAAAAAAAUGAAGUGGAAGAAAAAACAACUGCUAAAGACAUAACCGAGAAGAUUGACGUAGAUAAAAACAUGGAUUUGUUCAAAGCCGUUUUUUUGAGUAGUAGCGAAUCAGAGGAUGAGGAGGAAAAACAAGAUAAAACAACGGAAAUGAAAACAACUGUUUUAUCUGAUUCAUUUCUACCGAAAAUUAAACCAAUCAAAUCGGGGAUUUUAUCAGAUGUGGAUUUUUCACGUUUUGAUGAAUCAAAAUCAACGGAAAUUGAAGAAACAACUUCGAGUCAGGUUCAAGACCCACUUUCUUACGGUCCAAUGUUGCCACAAAAAUUAGUUAAAAGUGUCCCAAGUACGGGAGAAAAGCCCAUUUGCGAUCAUUCAGACGAGGAAUGGGUGGAAAAGCCGAAAAAAGAGAAGAAACACAAGGAAAAGAAGAAAAAUAAAGAUAAGAAAAGUUCACAUAAAAAGAAACAUAAGCAUAGUAAAGACAAAUGACUUAUUUCUUUGCACAUUUCAUAAUUUUUAACAAAUUUAAUUGUGUUGAUUGAACCUGUGAUAUUUAAUUAUAGUGUGAUAAUAAACAACAUUUCAGUUUAAUU